AUGCGAAAAGAAGCAGGCCCACCGGAAGCGUCUGCCCACACGGCCACCGCCCCGGCGAAGCGUCAUAGACAAGGCCCCAGUCACUCUCGCGAACAAUGGGUGUUACCGUUGAGAAGCUAAGGGACGGAAACGGCGGGAACUGUCCCCAGAAAGGCCAGAACGUAAUCGUGCAUUACGUUGGCACACUGACAAACGGCAAAAAGUUCGACUCCUCCCGGGACAGAGGAAAGCCCUUCCAUUUUAGGAUCGGCCAAGGUGAUGUCAUUCGUGGCUGGGAUGAAGGUGUAGCUCAGAUGAGAACGGGGGAAGUGGCGCGCUUGACCUGCACACCAGACUACGCUUACGGCAGCGACGGUUAUCCUCCCGUCAUCCCGGCCAAUGCCACUCUGAUAUUUGAAGUGGAACUCCUCGAGAUCCGCAGUUGAGUGUUUGUGGCUUCAUUUUAUCCCCUCCCCUCACUUUGACCUCAUCGCAAAUGAAGAUGCCGUCAGGGGUAUUUAGAAUCAUCGUCUCAUUUUUCUCCCACACCUUUUUAAUCCGACGCCAAUGUUUGUUAGCUGGAUAAUGUAGUGGAGCUGGGCUUGUAUUUAAAUUUGACUCAACACUCAGGUGCCCAUCCAAGCAGUGUGCUGUACCAAGAGCAGCUCUUGUCAUUCCACAGUGCCAUCAAUUAGUGGUAGAUUCACGCCAAAUGCAUUUUGACAGCUUUGGCACACAUGCAAAAACAAAACUGACAACGCGUAAAAACUAUGUAGGCCUCUGACUGAAGCACCGCUCGUGUCCUACCUGAAGCUCAAGUGUCCUUGUGAUCACGUUGCGCUUUUAGUUCCACUGCAGGCAACCAGGAGUAGUCCCACACUUGUGUUCUUGCAUUAAAAAUGAGUUCACCUUAA